AAACAACAAUCAAAAUCUCCUUCCUCUGUCUCCGUCUCUCUGGUUUCCGAUUUCGUGAAUCCAAUUUUUUUGUUUGUAUGUAUUCGCUUCGUCUCUCCAUUGUUCUUCUUCCUCUUACGUAUACGUAACCCAAAUGGCGAUUAGAUCCUCGGGAAGAAAACUAUCGUUUGAGAUUCUCAGCCGAAGCAGCUCCUUUGAGAAUGAUGAUACAUCAAUUCGCCGAUCCAGUUCAGAUCCAAUCACCGGAAACGACGCUUCUGAAUCACCUAGAGACUACGGGAAACGAAAGAGAUCGAAGAAGAAGAAGAAGAACAACAACAACAAAGUCGAGACUAUUCUAGAGAAUGGUGAUUCUCAUUCAACGAUCGUCACCGGUGACUUUGGAGAGACUACAACGAUGUUUGAGAACAGAUUGAAUUACUAUGGCGGUGGUGGUGGUGGUAGUGGUAGUGGUGGUUGUGUUGUGACGCUAUUAGAUGGACAAACUGUUCAUCAUAAUGGGUUCAAUUUUGGUGAGUUAAGGCAGAGGAAUGUUAAUGGGAGUGUUGAUGGGAGUAAUGAUGAGCGGUGGUCUGAUACUAUGAGUUCUGAUAAGAAGUUAUAUAUGGAGGAGACUAGUGUGGAGCUAAGCUCUUCUGAGAAUCCACCGUUUCAAGAAGUGCAGCAUCAGUUUCCAAGAAGUGAGGUUAAUGGGAAUGUGGUAAGGAGAUUAGAUACAGAAGCUUCUUUGGAUUGGAAACAGCUUGUGGCUGAUGAUCCUGAUUUUCUUUCUGCUGAGACGAGGUCACCUAUGAAAUACUUUAUGGAGGAAAUUUAUGGUGGGAUUUCAUUACGGAGCACAACGACUCCUGGGAAUGAUAUUGAACGCGAAAGGAUAUAUGAUACGAUCUUCCGUUUGCCGUGGCGAUGUGAAGUGCUUAUAGAUACUGGCUUUUUUGUCUGCGUCAACUCAUUUCUGUCAUUGUUGACAGUCAUGCCAAUAAGAGUCCUGCUGAUAUUUAUGGAUGCAAUUAAGAACAGGCAGUUCAGGAGGCCCUCCUCAUCGGAGUUGUCUGAUCUUGCUUGUUUUCUAGUUUUGGCUACUGGUACCAUUCUUCUCGGGAGAACAGAUAUCAGCCUAAUUUACCACAUGAUUCGUGGUCAAAGUACCAUAAAACUCUAUGUGGUUUAUAAUAUCUUAGAGAUAUUUGAUAGACUAUGUCAAAGUUUUUGUGGAGAUGUAUUCGGGGCCCUAUUUAGUUCUGCAAAGGGACUGGCGAUUUCCCCUCCUGAGAAACUGAGAUUUUCAACUUGGAGAUUUGUUUCUGACCUAGCAUUAACUAUGGCUGCCUCAAAUAUCCUUACAACUUGCUUGCUAGCAAUUACCCUGUCAACUUGUAUUGUUGCUCACAACAAUGCCUUGUUGGCCCUUCUGGUGUCAAAUAACUUUGCUGAGAUCAAGAGCAGUGUCUUUAAGCGUUUCAGCAAGGACAACAUUCAUGGUCUAGUAUAUGCGGAUUCAAUAGAGAGAUUCCACAUAUCGGCGUUCUUGGUGUCUGUUUUGGCUCAAAAUAUUCUCGAGUCUGAAGGUGCAUGGUUUGGAAACUUUAUCUACAAUGCUACUACGGUCUUCUUCUGUGAGAUGAUGAUAGACAUCAUCAAGCAUUCAUUUCUUGCCAAGUUCAAUGACAUCAAACCUAUAGCGUACUCUGAGUUUCUUCAAGCCCUCUGCGAGCAGACUUUGAACAUUCGCCCGGAAGAUAGAAAGACAAAUCUCACCUUUGUUCCCCUUGCACCCGCUUGUGUGGUGAUCCGAGUACUGACUCCAGUAUACGCAGCACACUUGCCGUACAGUCCACUCCCAUGGAGAAUGUUGUGGAUGGGUGCUUUCAUUGAUUCGGAUCAAACUCAGAACUACAUUCUAAUGGAUUCACAGUCAACUGUCUCCGGUGUGAAAACUGUGAAGAUAAGCAAUGUUUCACUACUUGUUUCUAAGAAAGAUGUUAAAGAGUUCUUUUCUUUCUCUGGUGACAUUCAGUUCGUCGAGAUGCGAAGUGAGACACAAGAAAGUCAAGCUGCUUAUGUUACUUUUAAGGAUCCUCAAGGCGCAGAAACUGCAAUGCUCUUAACGGGAGCGGUCAUUGCAGAUCUUCGUGUUAGUAUUACUCCUGCUGUUAACUACGAGCUGCCACCAGAAGCCCUUGCACUUGACUCGGAAAGUUCAUUUAACGGUUUCACUGUCAAGAAAGCUGAAGAUGUGGUGAACAUCAUGGUGGGAAGGGGUUAUGCUCUUGGAAAAGACGCCAUGGAGAAAGCCAAAGCAUUUGACGACAGACACAAUUUGAUCUCAAACGCUUCAGCAACCAUUGCUUCGCUUGACGAUAAGAUGGGUCUGAGCGAAAAGCUAAGCAUAGGAACUACUGUGGUGAAUGAGAAGUUGAGAGAUAUCGAUGAACGUUAUCAAGUGAGGGAGAUAACGAAAUCUGCUUUAGCAGCUGCAGAAGAGACAGCAAUCACUGCAAGAACGGCUUUAAUGGCGAACCCUUAUGUAUCAAGUGGAGCUUCGUGGUUUUCAAACGCGUUUGGCGCAGUGACAAAGGCGGUUAAAGAGAAAGUUGAGAAUGGAGGAGAGGGAAGAAAGGAAAUCAUCACACUUGAUCCCUCUUCACCUAAAGAUCCUGCUGUAGUUCCUGUUAAACUUGGUUGAUGCAGAUCUCAUCAAACCAAUCGGUUCUCGACUAAAUUCUUUGAUAGGUUUGUUGUUCAUAUAUAUGCUUUCGUAUGCUAAAGAAAAGAUAAACAUACAU